AUGAUAACCAUCUGGCAAUACCUCCGACGGCUGGCCACCAGCCUCGUCAACUACGACGCACCAUAUGAUGAAGAGCGCCUAGAAUGGGAACCUAGAUUUUUUAGGGGAUGGUCAAGGAAAUACUUAAAGUCCGCACGACUGGGAAGGGCCGCAGUAUAUCUACUCCUGAUAGACUUGGUGAUCUUUGGGCUACUGCUUCAUACUCUCCAUCCGCUUAUUACCCUACUACGCCGGAACGAAGUACUAUUUAGGCCUCAAGUCACCCUGACUCGCCAUGGUACACCGAGAAUUUUUAAUCGCCCAGAUCGAUAUAAGGUACCGCGAAUUUUACACCAAACGUGUGCCAACGAGACGAUUCCGGACGCAUGGGUUCACUCGCAACGAAGUUGCAUCAAUGCUUACUCCGAUUUUGAGUAUAAGCUCUGGACUGACGAGCGGGCUCGCGACUUUCUCUCCUCCGAAUACCCCUGGUUCCUGGAUACCUGGGAUAACUACGCGUUCCCUAUCCAGCGUGCAGACUCUAUCCGCUACUUUGUUCUCUAUCAUUAUGGCGGAAUAUAUCUCGAUAUGGAUACCUUUUGUAACGAGGCCUUCCCGAUACACCAAAUCGAAUCUGACACAGCGGCACACACUGCUUUAUUUGAAGCAACCCUACCCACCGGCGUAACCAACGAUUUUAUGAUAUCAUCUGUGAGGCAUCCAGCAUUUGCAGCAGCCAUCUCUCAACUACCCGGCUUUCACAGGAUAACUCGGCUCUGGGCUCGCCUGCAGCCCUAUUGCGCUAUUAUGAUAUCUUCUGGACCGCUCUUCCUAAGUCUAGUGGUGGAGGAUUACUUGCUUGUGCAGCCUUUGAUACCCUCACCAACAGUAAAGGUCAUUAGUUCAUCUCAAUUAAUACCCUAUAUGACCGACCUCGAAUCUGCCACUUGGCAUCGAGAAGAUGCUCAGGCUUUCAUGUGGCUGGGAGAUAAACCGUGGGCUUGGUUUGGCUUGGGGGUGGUAGGGCUUGUUGCUUGCAUAUACGUCCUUAACCGGGUGCUGUUAGUGGUCUGGAGAGCUUUUCUUGGCACAGUCCAUUCUACUUCUUACUUGACAAAAGUAGCUAAGCUAUUAUAG